AACCCUCAGGAACAUCUUCUACUUCAACAUCUGAACCUGCAACCAGUUCUGAUGUGGAAAGUAUGACGCCAUCUGUCACCCAAUUCACUGAGUCCACAAAUACUGCUACUGAAACUGUACCUAUUAGCACACCCUCCUCAUCAUCGACCUUAUUCGAAAAUGCUUCACCUGACCUCACUAGUAGCAUGUCAGCAGAAUCUUCAACAAACGUAAUGUUGGGAUCGUCAUCAGCUCACCUUUUCCAAAACACGGCCAGUAAAAUGACUACUAGUACACAGCCUUCCUCUAGCGAAUUUCAAGCAGUGUCUAUACCAUCAGUGACUGAAUCUGACACAUCAAGAGGUUCCUCUCCCUCAACACCGGAGCAUUUGCCUAGUUCUGCCGAUGAAUUAUCCACAGCCUCUACCGUUGCUGAGCAUUCGACACCAGCUUCUGCUAUCCCAACACAAUCUGUACCCUCAGGAACAUCUUCUACUUCAACAUCUGAACCUGCAACCAGUUCUGACUAA